CACAAGUAUUUCCCAUCUCUAAUUUAUGUUUCAAAUUCAUCUGUCCGGCACCUCUCUAUCAUAAACUAAAAAAAAAUAAAAAAACAGCAUAUACGAAAUGGACGCUUUAAAUGGUAGAAACUUGGCUUUGCUAGUACUCUGUUUAUGUGCCUGCUACGCUUUAGCUGCUGAAGGAGAUGGGGCCAAGGAAAUACCGCCCACAAAAUUUGCACAAAAUAUCGCUGCGCCGACGAUGACUUUUCUUUAUUGCUACUCAUGCGGCUACCGCAAAGCUUUUGAGGAUUAUGUCAACAUAUUGGGCGAGAAAUAUCCUCAAAUACAAGUGCAUGGAGCCAACUACGAUCCACCCGGCUUAAACUAUUACUUGUCCAAACUGAUAUUCGCUCUCAAGAUCUGCAUCAUUGUGUCGGUGGUUAGCUCGGUUAGUCCGUUUACAUUUUUGGGACUCAACACACCCGGAUGGUGGGGUCAUUUGCAGACAAAUAAAAUCUAUGCCUGCAUGAUGAUCUUUUUCUUGGGCAACAUGCUCGAGGGUCAGCUAAUAUCGUCUGGAGCAUUUGAGAUAUCACUGAAUGAUGUUCCUGUGUGGUCAAAACUCCAAACAGGUCGGUUUCCAUCGCCAGAAGUCCUAUUCCAAAUCAUUGAUAACCAGUUACAGUUUACCGAAAAGAUUCAGGAGAAUCCCGACUUUGUUAAAUAAUAGUUAUUAUGGGAGUCGUAACAACAAUACUAAACACCAAACACUAAUCUAAAGAACUGUUUAAAAUCUAAAUCUAACAAAAAAAAACUGAAUUCCUGUCCCUUAUGUAUUUCGUAAAAUGUUACUCACGUAUCUUCGAUUAAGUUAAAAACCUUUAUUUAAUAUUCUUUGAAAAAUUGAUUUUGUUUUAUCAUAUUGUCUUGUGUGUCCUCUUUUUUGUGUAGUAGAUUAAAUAAUUUUGUUAUUAUUUUAUAGUACCUACCUAUUUACAUAUAAAUUUGAAAUUUGGUUGAAGAAACACGAACGGGUAAUGGGUUUACAGCAUAUUGCCGGGUAUUGCUUAAGUGUGUCUUUGUGGUGUUUAUAGACUAAACUAAAAUAAAUAUAAAGGUGUAUUAGCAAUACUAUUAAAUCAAAGUGAAAUAGUACAUCGAAAUGGUAAUGUAAAAUCUUUUGAAACUUUACACACUCAUACACACACAAAAAUUAAUUUUCAUUAAAAAAAUGUAAAUUGGAGUAUAGAAUAUUUAAUACAAUGAAAUAGAACACUAAAUAAAUCACAAAAUGACAUACAUA